CCCCCAGCCAUGUCUCCCAUACCCCCUCCUCCAGCCAUGGGUUAUCGCCGCGUCAGCUUCUUAUCAGCAAACAGCACGCACACACAGUCGCACAAUCAGCAGCGCUGGCUACACACACGCCAACACGCACACACACCACCCCCUCACCCAGGCCCACCCCUUUCCCCCCUCCCGCACCCAACUGAACUGGGCUUGGGUGAGCGGUUUGUACAUUGUAGUUUAGUUGCUCACUCUGUGAUUGGGAUGAAGAAGUUUCUAUCGCGGAGAAUGCUUAGCCUGGAUCAAUCCAUGUUGAACGAUGACGAUGACGAGGAGGAUUGCGAUACAUAUGGCAGCGGAGGAGGAGGAUUAGGAGGUGGAAUAGUUGGUGGUCCGAGCCUAGUGGCUCAGCCAGAGCAGGAGCAACAGCAGCAGCAGCUCCAACCACAGGCACCACCCAAACCGCUGGCGCCCUUCGCCCUGUUCUUCCGCGACACUGUGACGGCCAUCAAGCAGCAGAAUCCCGCCUGCUCGCUGGAGAAGAUGCAGGUGAUCGUGCAGACCAUGUGGGAGUCCCUGGACGAGACGCAAAAGACCGUCUACAGUUUGCGGCAUGAGCAGGAGAAGCGUGACUAUGUGCGUCUAAUGAGGGACUAUCGUCACCAGCUGUCCGAAUCGGAGGCCACGUCGGAGCUGGAAACAGCAACACCAGCUGUGGCUCCCCCACAGUCGGUCGUUGAGCCGCCGCCGCCCCUGGACACACCCAAAGUGGAUGCUGUCGAGGAGGCAGCGCAGCCUGCACCGGAGCAAAUACAACUCCUCACUGAGGCGGCCACCGUGCAGAAGUGCACCCGGGAGCAGUGCAACAAGCCGGCCAUCAUCAAUCCGGACUGGGAGGACGAGUACUGCAGCAACGAGUGCGUGGUCAUCCACUGCCGGAAUGUGUUCAAUGACUGGGUGCUCACCAUGAAGUCCUAGCCUUUGUGUGGCAACGCCACCGCCCACUUAAGCUUAGUCUAGAUUUUAGCCCUCAUUUACACGCUGUACUGCCCGUAUAUUACCCAGGAAUAUACGACUGAGUAAGCAGUAAGCGAUACUGUAGUCCCAGUUUCGGUUGUAAUUAGCAUCUGUGUGGAGUCUGAAUGAAUGCGAUACACGCUUUGUAUGAUACUUUAAUUGUAGUAAAUAAAUCAUAGUACUAGCAAUAAAUCAGAAUACAAACACUAACGUUAGAAAGUAUUUGGUAUGAGACCUUAGAUCAUUUUAUUGUGAAAUGUCAUUUAGCAAUUGCAUUUAAUAAAUUUAUAUUGUUUUUUGAUAUCCUUUUUAAUUCAUAAUCUUUUUUGACCUUUUGUUUGAACUCCCCAGACCAACACAAAUAAAAGUCCACUCUUAUAUGGUAACUUUUAAUAAA